UUGAAAUAGGCCAAGUGUUAUUGGACCCACCAGUUUCUGUAUCUUGCAAGGCCAAUGCUUAAGGAAAUUUCCCUGCUUCAGCAAAGAAGUAUAAAAAAUAGUAUUUACAUUGCUAUUGCUGAACGUGUAAAAGUUAAUGUCCCUUGACCGUGUCUUACUCGUUCACAUACAGUGUGUAGUGACACACAUCUACUACCUCUGCAGGGUGGGUUCUCAAAACAAUGGCCGAAAUACUUCUGUCGAGUUUUGCUAUGUCGAUUCUCCGAAAAGUUUCUUCCUUUGCUACUGGACAUGGCAUAGCUAAGAUUACAUCAGCCUGGAAUGUACAAAAAGAACUGAGCAAAUUAGAAACUUCUUUGCGAUUUAUUUGUGGGGUUCUUCUUGAUGCGGAGAGCAAACAUACUACUUCUACUUCACUCAAGGAAUGGCUGGAAAAGCUCAAAGAUGCUGUCUAUGACAUCGAUGAUAUUCUGGAUGAUAUCUCAACGGAAGCUUUGAUAUGUCGAGCUGACAAGCGUGUGGUCACUCAAGCCAAAAGUCUACUUAUUUCUCCUUUUGUAUUUAGCCGAAGAAUAAGAGAAAUUCGUGAAAAGCUUGAUGAGAUAGCUGUUAACAGAAGGGACUUUGGACUGCGCGAGUUGACACUGGAUGGCCAAAACUCUUCCAUGGAAAACAACAAGAGGCAAACAUAUUCGUUUUUGUACCAGCCGGACAUAGUUGGGAGGGAUCUUGACAGAGAUGAGAUUGUUCAUAACAUACUGAGAGCUGCAGAUUCUUAUGCUCUUUUUGUUCUUCCUAUUCUUGGGCUUGGAGGAAUCGGGAAAACUGCACUGGCGAAGAUGGUGUUUCAUGAUGUACGAGUGAACAAGAAGUUCAGCAAAAUGAUAUGGGCUUGUAUCUCCGAUGAAUUCGAUAUGAAGAAGAUACUGCAAGACAUAAUAGAGUCUGCCACUGGUGAAAUUUGCAAGCAUCUAAACUUGGAACACUUGCAAAUAAAACUCGUAAGAAUCUUGCAGAAUCAUAACUAUUUCCUUGUGUUGGAUGAUAUGUGGACUGAUAAUGUAAAUAAAUGGAAAGACCUAAAGCAUUUGUUGUCAAGUGGCGCUAAAGGAAGCGUCAUAAUCGUUACCACACGCAAGUCUACGGUUGCAUCUGUUGUGGGGAGUUCAAAGCCGCACAAGGUGGGUGCACUUCAGUUUCAAGAGUGUAUGCAAAUUUUUACUAGAUGUGCAUUCGGAGAAGGCGAGGAGGAGAAAUUUCCAAAACUAUUAAAAAUUGGAAAAUCCAUAGUCGACAAAUGUGCUGGAGUACCAUUGGCAGUAAAAACAUUGGGUUCUCUGUUACGUACCAAGCGAAGAGAGAAAGAAUGGUUGCGUGUGAGAGACGAUGGCUUAUGGGAAAUCAAACAAGAUGAGGAUGAUAUUUUACCAGUGCUGAAGUUAAGCUACAACGCACUCCCAACCGAUCUGAAACCAUGUCUUUCCUAUUUAUCCAUAUUUCCGAAGGACUAUUUGUAUUACACAAGGUGCAUAGUAAUGUUAUGGAUGGCCCAAGGACUUCUGCACUCAAACAGCAGGAGUGAAGCGUCAGAAGACGUCGGCUAUAGUUACAUUAAUGAACUAAUGGGAAGUUCCUUUUUUCAGGACGCCCUAAUGACUUUUGAUGAAAGUAUGCCACAUUGCAAGAUGCAUGAUAUUGUACAUGACCUAGCCAGAUAUGUCUUGGGCAGAGAUCUAGCUAUUGUGAGCUGUGAAACAUCAGAAGUUUCAGAAACUAUCAGGCAUCUCGUAUGGGACCGUAAGGAGUUCUUGCAAGAGCAAGAAUUCCCAAAGGAGUUAACCAAAGCAAGAAAGGCUCGAACAUUUGCUACUUCAUAUAAUCAUGGUGUAAUGAGCAAAUCAUUCCUGGAAGUGUUGCUAUCCAAGUUUUCGUUUCUACGUGUCCUGAUUUUAUCGGAAGUUAGCAUUGAUGAACUCCCAGAUUCAGUUGGGAAUUUGAAGCACCUAAGGUAUCUUGACCUCACAUGGAACAGAAGCAUAAGAUUCCUUCCAAAUACCCUACACAGGCUGUUAAAUCUCCAGACCCUUGAUCUUUUUCACUGUGACCAACUAUUGGAGCUGCCAAGAGAUAUGGACAAAUUAAUGAACCUCAGGUACUUUAGCCUCACAUCAAAGCUAAAGUGUUUGCCAGAAGUAGGAAUUCGUAGCUGGACUUCCUUAACAUCCCUGCAGCUCCAUUCUUGCAGUGAAUUAACAUCACUGACAGAAGGGAUUGGCUUCCUAACUGCCCUGCAAACAUUGUGGAUCAACGAUUGCCCAAAGCUUCCAUCUCUCCCUGCAAGCAUGAAGCACCUCUCCUCUCUCCAGGAGUUGUAUAUCGACAAUUGCCUGGAGCUAGAUUUAAUGGAAACAGCAGAGGCCAUGGAAGGGUUGCGGAGUCUUCGGACAUUACAGAUUGUUGGACUGCCAAAAUUAGGGCAUCUUCCAGAGAGUCUGUGUUCUGCUUCGGACACUCUUCAGUACUUACUCAUUAAGCACUGCGUCCGGCUAAGCAAGCUUCCAAAUUGCCUGCAAGAUUUCACUUCUCUUCAGAGGGUAAUCAUUAUGGAUUGCCCAGGAUGCAUGCGAAGUAAUGGUGACGAUUACAAUCUCAUCCGCCGCCACGUUCCUGAAGUCUAUAUUGAGGAAUAAAUCAUAUAUAGAGUAGCUCAACAUG